AGGACUCUCCAGACUAUAGGGGGCUAUGGGAACCCCCCCGGCCAUAUGGGGCUAUAAGGACUCUCCAGACUAUAGGGAGCUAUGGGAACCCCCCAGGCCAUAUGGGGCUAUAAGGACUCUCCAGACUAUAGGGGGCUAUGGGACCCCCCCCGGCCAUAUGGGGCUAUAAGGACUCUCCAGACUAUAGGGGGCUAUGGGACCCCCCCCGGCCAUAUGGGGCUAUAAGGACUCUCCAGACUAUAGGGGGCUAUGGGACCCCCCAGGCCAUAUGGGGCUAUAAGGACUCUCCAGACUAUAGGGGGCUAUGGGAACCCCCCAGGCCAUAUGGGGCUAUAAGGACUCUCCAGACUAUAGGGGGCUAUGGGACCCCCCCCGGCCAUAUGGGGCUAUAAGGACUCUCCAGACUAUAGGGGGCUAUGGGACCCCCCCCGGCCAUAUGGGGCUAUAAGGACUCUCCAGACUAUAGGGGGCUAUGGGACCCCCCCCGGCCAUAUGGGGCUAUAAGGACUCUCCAGACUAUAGGGGGCUAUGGGACCCCCCCCGGCCAUAUGGGGCUAUAAGGACUCUCCAGACUAUAGGGGGCUAUGGGACCCCCCAGGCCAUAUGGGGCUAUAAGGACUCUCCAGACUAUAGGGGGCUAUGGGAACCCCCCAGGCCAUAUGGGGCUAUAAGGACUCUCCAGACUAUAGGGGGCUAUGGGACCCCCCAGGCCAUAUGGGGCUAUAAGGACUCUCCAGACUAUAGGGAGCUAUGGGAACCCCCCAGGCCAUAUGGGGCUAUAAGGACUCUCCAGACUAUAGGGGGCUAUGGGAACCCCCAGGCCAUAUGGGGCUAUAAGGACUCUCCAGACUAUAGGGGGCUAUGGGAACCCCCAGGCCAUAUGGGGCUAUAAGGACUCUCCAGACUAUAGGGGGCUAUGGGACCCCCCAGGCCAUAUGGGGCUAUAAGGACUCUCCAGACUAUAGGGAGCUAUGGGACCCCCCAGGCCAUAUGGGGCUAUAAGGACACUCCAGACUAUAGGGGGCUAUGGGAACCCCCAGGCCAUACGGGGCUAUAGGGGAUCCCGAGGCUCUUGGCGAUGCCAGGGCCAAGUGGAACCCGAUGGGGCCCCAGCGUCAGGUGGCCAUAAGGGCCUAUAGAGGAUCUGCAGGCACCGUAUGGAGUGCCAUAGGGGAGCCGAGGCUGUGGGGGGGGCACCGAGGCCCCGCGGGGUGGGAACCCCACGGCCAUACAGGGCUGCGGGGGGUCCCCGGGACAUACGGAACUAAGGCAGGGCGCUAGAGGGACCCCCGGCUAGACGGGCGGGGGGCACAAGGACCCCGAGGCCACCCCGUCCCACGUGGUCGGUGGGGGCCUGCUCGGGCCACGCCCCUCGCGCGUGCCUCCCGGGGGGGGCGGGGCUUCCCCCCCCCCCCCCUCCCCUCAGUGCGCCUGCGCGUUGGGCCCAGCCUGCACGUGCCGGGCCUGGUGACCUUCCGGCGGCGCGAGGCGAGGCGGGGCACGUGACCUGACGUGACCUCCGCGUGAUCCCGGGGAGCCCUUGGGGGGCAGAGCCGGGCCUUACCCCCCCCCCCCCCCCCUCCCCCGGUUCCCCGGAGCAGUUCGGGGCCUUCGGGCUGGUGUCAGGGCCGAGGGGCCGCCAGGACACUCCGGACCCCCCGCCAUGCCCCCGCGGCGCUCGGCCCGCCUCCAGGCCGCCGCCGCCUCCUCCUCCUCCGGAUCCUCCGGCUCCUCCAGCUUCUCCGCCGGGCCCGGCACCGGCUCCAGCCCCGCCCCGGGGCGGGCCGGGGCGCAGAGCGGCUCCCCACCAUUGCCGCCGGACCCCGACAGCCCGGAGCUCAGCAGCGGUGACUCUGGCAGCGACUUCGAGGACACGCUGCAGCCGCACAGCAAGCGGGGACCCCGCCAGCCGCCGAACCACGGCCUCGUCUCAAAGCGUCCCCGGAGGAGGGAGCUCAGCGGGGAUGGGAACGGUCUGGCUGUCAGCAACCCAGAGCAAAACACCUUCUUUGAGGCCAUCCGGUCAGCCAAGAUCGCUGUCGAGACAGUGGUGGACGACUGGCUGGAGACCUACAAACAGGACCGGGAGGCGGGGUUCCUGGAGCUCGCCAACUUUAUCAUCCGCUCCUGUGGCUGCAGAGGCGUGGUGACCCCAGAGAUGUUCAGGCACCUGCAGAACUCGGAGAUCAUCCAGCAGCUGACAGAGAAGUUUGAGGAGGAUUCAGCCGAUUACCCCCUCUCGCUGAGCACCCAGCCCUGGCGCCGCUUCCGGGCCGGCUUCUGCGAGCUGGUGACAGUGGUGGUGCGGCAGUGCCAGUACAACAUCGUCUACGAUGAGUUCCUGAUGGACGCUCUCAUCUCCCUGCUCACUGGCCUCUCCGACUCCCAGGUGCGGGCUUUCCGCCACACCAGCACCCUGGCAGCCAUGAAGCUGAUGACGGCCCUGGUGAACGUGGCGCUGGGCGUGAGCCUGCACCGGGAGAACAACCAGCGGCAGUACGAGGCCGAGCGGAGCAAGGGGCCUGGCCGCCGGGCCACCGACAAGCUGGAGGCGCUGAUGGAGAAGCGCCGGGAGCUCCAGGAGCAGCAGGAGGAGAUUGAGAACAUGAUGAACGCCGUCUUCAAGGGCGUCUUCGUGCACCGCUACAGAGAUGUGGUGCCCGAGAUCCGAGCCAUCUGCAUGGAGGAGCUGGGGACGUGGAUGAGGAGCUACACGGCCUCCUUCCUCACCGACGGCUACCUCAAGUACGUCGGCUGGACCCUGCAUGACAAGCAGCGGGAGGUGCGCUUGCAGUGUGUGAAGGUGCUGCAAGGGCUGUACUGCCGCCGGGACACGGCUGCCCACAUGGAACUCUUCACCAGCCGCUUCAAGACCCGCAUAGUUUCCAUGGUGCUCGACAAGGAGCCUGACGUUGCCGUGGAGGUGGUGAAGCUGCUGACGCUGAUGCUGGAGAAUGCGGAGGAGGCGCUGACGGAGGAGGACUGCCAGAGUGUUUACCCCGUGGUUUACGUAUCCAGUCGGGCACUGGCCUCCGCCGCCGGGGUUUUCCUCUACCGCAGGCUGCUGGACCCCCAACGAGGGGUGGACAGGGAGCCAUCUCGCGAUGGGGACAACAGGGUCUUCUUCCGGCUGCUUCUGGCCUUCUUCAUCGAGAGUGAGCUCCACGAGCACGCAGCCUACUUGGUGGACAGCCUGUGGGACUGCGCCGGGCCAAGGCUGAGGGACUGGGACACCAUCAGCGCUUUGCUGCUGGAAGAGUCGCCCACAGAGGACCUGGCAGACCGGCAGGAGAAGGCGCUGGUGGAGAUCCUGGCAGCCAGUGUGGUCCAGGCAGCCGAGGGGCAGCCCCCGGUGGGCCGCGGCCCGGCCAAAAAACCCUCGGCCCGGGAGCGCAAGGCGCAGGUGGAGGAGAGAACCCGGCUCACCCACUGCCUUGUCCCGGCCCUGCCCCAGCUGCUGGCCAAGUUCUCGGCCGAUGCUGAGAAGGCGGCUCUGCUCCUGGAGGUGCUGCGCUGCUUCGACCUCAGCAUCUACUGCACCGGGCGGCUGGAGAAGCACCUGGAGCUGGUGCUGGGCCAGCUGCAGGAGGUGGUGGAGAAGCACGCGGGGCAGGCGGUGCUGGAGGCCGCCUCCCGUGCCCUCCACGCACUCUGCGACCCUGAGCUCACCCUCCACGGCCGCGGGGACCUGGUGCGCAGCCGCCUCGCCGACCAGCUGGCCGACAAAUUCCACCAAGAGGUCACCGAGCUGCUCCAGGUAGAGGGGACGGGAGCGGGACCCCGAGUCUGUGGUCAGGGACAGGCACCUGGAUGUGGAUGGAGCUCGGGCCACCCCAAGGCAGGGACUCGCACUCCAGGACAGGGCUGGGGACAGGAGAGGGACCGGGACCCGGAGGGACAGUGGUGGCUUGGGCAGGAUUGGCAGGGAAGAGAGCCGAUCUGGGAGGCACUGGGUGGGGGAACUGGCAAGGGACCACGGGGAGUGGGGUGUCGCCAGCCUCGCGUGGGUCCCCAACCCUGCGCGGAGCAUCCCCAACCCCACGCUGGGGUGUCCCCAACCCUGGGCCCUGCCCAGGCCUCGUCCCUGGACGAGGAGGAGGUGUACAGCAUGGCGGCCACACUGAAGAGGAUCUCCAUCCUGUUCAACGCCCACGACCUGACACCCUGGCAGCUCUUUGAGCCCUGCGCCCAGCUCCUGCAGCACACCGUGGACACAGGCGAGGUGCCUUCACAGGUCCUUGUCCCUACCAUCACCUGCCUCCACUUCCACAUCCUCUGGGAGCUCUCACGCCUGCCCAGCACCGAUGUCCCCCAGGAGCAGCUGCGGAGCCUGAAGACCAGAGUCACCUCCUUCUGCUCGCUGUGCCAGAGCUGCCUGUCUGACGUGGACGCCGGUGUCCAGGAGCGGGCCUUCAUGGUGCUCAGUGACCUGCUGCUGGUGUUCGGGCCCCAGCUGCCGCAGGACGGGCGGGAGGCACUGGCCCCGCUGGUGCUGCUGCCCGACGCCGGGCUGCAGUCCCAGCUGGCCGCCUUCCUCAUGGACCACGUUUUCAACCAUGCCUGCAGCCACGAGGAGCUCUCGGCCACGGAGGACGGCGAGAGCCGCAUCGAGGAGCUGCACCAGCGCCGGGUGCUCCUGGCUGGCUUCUGCAAGCUCAUCAUCUACAACGUGCUGGAGCUCAGCGCCGCCUCUGAUGUCUUCAAGCACUACGCCAAGUUUUACAGCGACUAUGGGGACAUCAUCAAAGAGACGCUGAACUGCACCCGGCAGAUCGACCGGCAGGAGUGGGCUCGCACUCUGCUGCUCAGCUUGCAGCAGCUGAUGACGGAGCUGCUGCUGCAGCAGGGCCCCGAGAUCCAGGCAGCCAAGGGUUUCCUGGAGAUCCGGGACCUAGCGCGGCGUUUCUCCCUCCUCUUCAGCCUCCACCAGCUCCGCAACCGCCCAGCGCUGCUCAGCGUGCACAGGGAGGGGAUCCAAUUCGCCUUCCAGGAGCCGCCAGGCCCCGGGAUGGGGCUGCUGCCCCUCAACCUGCCCUUCCUGGAGGUGCUGAGCGAGUUCUCGCCUCGGCUGCUGCGUCCUGACAAGGCCCUGAUCCUGGCCUACCUGGAGAAGAUGUGCCAGGAGCGGCGGUGGCUGGCACCACAGGACACGCCGUGGCCGUCCCUUGUCACCUACCGCAACUCCCUGCAGCCGCAGGAGGAGGGGGGCUCUGUCAGCAGCCGCAGCACAGCCCCCCGCCCGCACCCCCCGCCCAGCUCCGCCGCCAAGAGACCCCGCAUGGAUGCCCCCUCGGAGCACCCCAACUCCAGCCCAUGGCCGAGCAGCCGCCUCCCCAGCCCGGCCCUGACCUCCACGAUGCUGCAGGGGGGCCCCCGGCCCCCCCAGCCCUGGCUGCCAGCGCAGGACCCUGGUUCUGACCCCAGCUUCCUGCAGAGCACCAGCUCACUGUCCCGCCAGCGCAGUGGGAUGAACCGGCUCAGUCUGAUGAUGGAGGAGGAGGAGGAGGAGGUGAUUGAAGAGGAGAGCAGCAAGAACACCCCAGAACAGAAGGACCAGCUCCGGGACCUCUUUGACUCCACCAUCCUGGGAAUUGAGGACAGCUGAGCGAGCGAGCCCCGGUAGCACGGAGCACUUUGGUGCCUGUUUAUUGUUGUUACAACCCCAAAUCUGGGGGAGCCCGGCGCCCCGGGCCCCGUUUGGUGACGGUUAAAUAAAUACUUGGUUGACAGCC